CAAAAAUUUAACGCAGUACCCAAAAAUCAAUCACUAACCAAACACACCCAAAAACCACAAUUCAGAAAACCCAAAACCUAAACCCUCCAAUCUUAAUCUUUCGCACAAACAAACAAUGUCAGGCUGCUGCAAACACUGCCGCAGCAAUUCCAUUGUCCACGACGACACCUCGGCGAACCUGUUCUGCUCCUCGUGCGGCCUCGUCUCAGAAUUCGACGGUUACGAUGCCCAGAUCGGAGGUCUCAACGGCCCAGAAGGCACCUUUGUCCGUGUCGGCACUUCAGGUACGGGCACUCAAUACUCUUACAAAGAAACCAAAAUCUACAAUGCCCAAAACCUCAUUGAUGACAUUGUCUACAAGUUCGCUUUAUCUCCUUCCAAAUCUAGUGACAUCAAGACUAUGAUUGCCCAAAUAACCGAAAACGAGUUCGGUCAAGGGCAUUGGUUCCCAAUUCUAAUAGGGGCUUGUGCUUAUAUUGUUAUGCGAAAAGAUAACAAGUCUUUGCCCAUUGCCGAGGUGGCUUCGGUUGUAGGAUGUGACAUUUAUGAAUUAGGUAGGAUGUUUGUGCGUGUGGUGGAUUUUUUGGGCUUAAAAGGGUCAGAAGAGUUUCCGGAGUUUGAUAUUGUUGUGGCGUUCGAGAGGGCAUUGAGGAAUUGUGGAAAGUUUUCGGGGUUGGGAAGGGAUGUUGUUGAGAGAAUGCGGAAACAGGGUGUUUUUUUGAUACAAUGUGCGGUGCAGUGGUUCUUGACGACGGGUAGGAAGCCGUUGCCAGUGGUGGCGGCCGUGUUGGUUCUGGUGGCGGAGUUGAAUGAGGUGGAUUUGAGGAUUGAGGAUGUGGCGCCGGAGGUUCAUGCUGCGGUGUCAACGUGUAGGUCGAGGUAUAAGGAGUUGUUGGAAUCACUUGUGAAGGUUGCACAAGUGUUGCCCUGGGGGAAGGAUGUUACGGUUAAGAAUGUUGUUAGGAAUGCGCCGUUUGUGAUUCAGUAUAUGGAGAGGAAGUCGAUGGGGAAGCGUGGUGAGAAGAGGAAGGGGGUAGAGGAGGAGGAGGAGAAGGGUGGUGGGAUUGAUUUAGGAGAUGCGGUGACUGAGAGUUUGAGGAAAAAUGUUGACCAUGGUACCAGUGGGAAUUCUGUGGAAAAUGAUUCUCUGUAUUUUAUGGCUGAAGAGAAUAGGGGGUUUGUAAGAUCUGGGGGUGAGUCUUUUGAUCAGAUGAAGAUUUCCCAUGAAUGUUUAUCAUUGAUGUACACUGAAUUUUUGAAUGAGAUGGGUCAUGAAAAGUUUAUGGAAGGGAGUGGUGAGGUUCCUCAAAGAAAAGGGAUGAGAGGGUUUGAGUUCCUUGCAUGUAGGGAUUGGUGGGAGGGAAAAUCGGAGCUGAGCAAAAAGCUUUUACUCAAGCAAAUAUUGGAGAAAGAUGUAGGAUUAGAUGCUCUGCCGCCAUCAUUUGUUAAUGGUUGCAAGGUUUAUAAGAGAAGGAAAGAAAAGAUAAAUGCUGCUAAGUUGCGAAUCAAUAGAAUUAAGCAUCCAUUAGGAACUGAUUUGGUUGAGAGUGGUGAUAUUGGCCUUUCAGAAUGUGUAAAUGCUGGGAAGAAGAGAAAGAGAAAACGAGUUAAAGAUAUUGAUUGGGAAGAUUUUAUCAUUGAAGCUCUUCUCCUCCAUGAAGUGAAAGAGGAGGAAAUUGAGAAAGGGCAUUACAAUACCUUGCUGGACUUGCAUGUGUUUAAUGGAGGAAUUUUGCCAGAGGUUCCUGUGUGGAAGGCAUGAUAGCUGGAAUGAACUUUUGUGCCUUUUGCAAUUGCACAAUCAAAGAGACAUUUUUCAGCCAAAAUUUUUGUUCAAAUUUAUACUGUGAGAAGAAUUCAAUAUUUUUUUUGACACCCAAUUUUGUAAAUCAGUACAUCCAUAUAUAUAAGUUUUUUUUGGAAA